AUGACUGGAGCGGGAGAAGAGAAGAGGAGGAAGCGUCGCAGAGGAGGCGAGGGAGAGGAGCAGCAGCGGCGGCAAGAAACACGUCUGCCAUCCGCGGACAAGAUGCUCGUGUCCGCCUUCUUCAUCUACGGACAAUAUGCCGCCGCCGCUCGGUCCGCCUUCUUGAGCGAGAGAGGAGGCAAGCAAAGAGAGGAGGAGGUGGUGGAGGCGGCGGCGGGGCUAUGA